ACCUGCUUUAAUGGAAAUCUAUUGAGCUUACAACAACCAGGGAUGAAUUCAACUCGGAUGAAAACAUGGGCAGAAAAUACAACGCAUUAAAACCACCAUAAAUAGCGACACUAGGAAAGAAGCAUUCCAACUGCUGAACGCUGGGUAGUGCUUUGGAGAGGUUGGAGUGGCAAAUUCCUGAUGCUGCCAGCGACUCCCAAACUCUGUAUCCCUUCCCAGCAAAACAAAACAGUCCCUGGUCCCCGCCAUGUGGCGUCGUUUUAGUGAAGCGACGAAGUUGCGGGCACUCAGCGGCAUGAGACAACGUGGCCAGAUCCUCCUCAGGAACAGAGGGCGCUGCCGUGCCAUCCAUGGCAUUUGAGCCGCUUCAGAGCCAGUCUAUAAGCUCCACCUCCAUGGCUCGGCCAAAGUGUAUCCUGCUCCUCCUCCCCCAAUCUUCUCCCAGCUGGGGCCUGUUUGUUUUCUAAGCUUCGUGCUGACUUCCUUUCAGUUGGCUUUAAUUUCCCUUCACAGGCACCGGGCUGUUAUUUACCCCUGCCCGGUCGCCUCACGGCUAUGGAGUGAGCUGAAAGAUGGCGGGCGGCGGAGGGAGCCAGCUUCUGGAAGCCUUGGAUAGAACUCAGUCAAGGAAAGAUGGAGGCUUUAGUAAUUGCAGUUUUUACAACUCCGAGGACAGUGAAGAUGAUACAGAAAAAGAUGAAGCAAAUCUGCUGAGUUUAGAUGAAAGUGAUGAUGCUGACUUACAAAUUACAGAACAAAAGCCAAAACACCUUAGAAGUGGAACAGCUAGAGCUCUUGGAGACUCUAUUAAAACAUAUGAGCGAAGAGGCAGGACAUUGCACUUCACAGCUUUAAAAGGCAAUGCUAUUGGAUUAAACAUGUUGGGAACCAGUAAAAAGCUUGGGGAAAAUGCCCAAAACAUACCAGUUACUAGUGGAACAAUAGUACAGGGCAGAAUUUUCCAUCACACAAAUAUUCCAAGGUCAACUGUCAAGACUGCUGCACAGAGUCUGGAAAAGAGGGAAAGGAAGGAAUACCCAGCCCAUGUGCAAAAGGUUGACUCGGAUCAAGGAAGAUUACAUACUUCUCUAAGAUCAGAAAACGUGCAGGAAAGAAAAGAAGACUCUAACUUUGAAUCUGAACAAGAGAAGAUAAAAAGAAAGGCUCAGCAGAGACGGCGUAGUAGUGUACCAGAGUGUGAUAUGUCUUUGACUCGCACUCCACAAAUGUGUUUAACACUCCAAGAGGGCGUCAGACAAGCUGAGGAGCUGCAGUUUUGCACAGUGUGUGUAAAAGAAAAUAAAAAGACUAAAUGCCAAAGUACUGAAAGUUCUCAAAGACUUUGCAAGCAGCCCAUUGCACUAAAUGAACUCUCUCCAUUACCUCGGCCUGCUAUUCAUCAAAUUGAUGGAAGAACUGCCAAACUAGCAUUUAACGUUAAAAGCUUCUAUAGCUCAACGUGUAACCAACUGAUACCCAAUGACUUUGUUCAGCAAUAUCCUGCAAAUGGGAAAUUGGCCAGUGAAGGAAAUACAAGUAAAGCUGCAAAAAAUAUGAGACUAAGAAGUGUAGGAUCGUCAGAACCAAAUGACCCCAUUGUACUAUCUAGUGAUGAUGAAGACAAUGCUAGCACUGGAAGCACAAACCGAAUUGAAAGCAUAUCUCCUCAGCCUGCUGAUUCAGCAUGCUCUUCACCUGCUCCCUCAUCAGGAAAAGUAGAAGCUGCUUUGAAGGAAAAUAGUUUCACUUUUGAGCAUAGGUUUUGUAAUAGCGCCAUUGAUGCUGCAAGCACUAUUGCAUUACCCAGAAAAGCAAAAAUGAAAGAUCAGUUUGGUAAUACAGUCAGCCGUACACCCGUUAAAAGACGCAAAGUUUUGGUUCCGGAGACACCACCUGAGCCUGCGCCAGAUGCCAACCCAAACUGUGAAAGUCUUGUCAUGAACUGCCGAAGUGUUCGGAUAGGGUCAUAUUAUAGAGAGGCGAUAGAGCAUGUUGUGUUUUCUAUGGACUUUAUAACAAUAAAAUGGGAAGUCCUUCCUGAAGAUGGUAAUUCUCAAGAGUUAGUCCUAUACCCAUCCGAACUUACAAAGUGUGAGUGGUGUGCAGUUCGUAAGCUCCCUGUUGUCUUUUUCCAAACUUUACCUGCUGCUUGUCAAAGCCUACGAUCCCGUCUUAAAUUGAGUAGAGAAAAUGGUACUGGAUGGUAUGAUUGCAGAGCAACAAAUCUGGAAGAACAGUUCAUCGUUUUAAUCUUUGAAAAUGCUCCAGAUAUGAAAGCAAUUGUAGGGUUCGAAACAAUUCUGUACAAUAUAGGUAUAAAAAAUGGUAUCAAAAACUUUUUUAUCAAAAUUCCCUUUGAAGAUGCCAAUGGCAGACUUGUUGCUUUUACAAAAAACAGCGAAGACAUUCCAGUGAUGGGUUCAACACAGAAGGAAAACAUAGAAAAAAAUGCUGCAACAGAAACAAGGAUGAAAUUAAGAAACUCUUCUCAGCUUCAGAUUUUUGGGGAUGAUGAGGGAGACACCCACACAGUGUUUGUAGGGCCAGUAGAAAAGCUGAUUGUUUAUCCACCUCCUCCUGCUAAAGGUGGGAUCUCUGUGACUAAUGAAGAUCUCCAUUGUCUUAAUGAAGGGGAGUUUUUAAAUGAUGUAAUAAUUGAUUUCUAUUUAAAGUAUUUGGUUCUUGAAAAGCUGAGAAAAGAUGCAGACAGAAUACAUAUUUUUAGUUCUUUCUUCUAUAAAAGACUUAAUCAGAGAGAAAGAAGGAACCUCCAAGAUACUGCAAACUUAACAUUACAGCAAAGAAGACACGGAAGAGUAAAAACAUGGACUCGACAUGUUGAUAUUUUUCAAAAGGAUUUCAUAUUUGUUCCGCUUAACGAAGCUGCUCAUUGGUUUUUGGCUGUCAUUUGUUUCCCUGGAUUAGAAAAGCCAGAGCAUUACCCAAAUCCUUACUAUCAAGGAGUUUCUUCCACGGCUACAGUAGGAGAAGGAGAUAACACCAGUGCUUCUCUUCCUCAGAAUGCUUCAGAGACUACUUUACAAGGUGUUUCUUCCAAUUCACCACUAAAGAAAACACUCGGCAAAAACACUGGGACAGAUGCUAUUGAUACACUGGGACCUAAACGUAAUCACAGCUUAACACGGCACCGAUCAAGAAAAAGUGAUCAAGGGCUUCAAGAAGAAGAUGUUUCUAUGAAACCUGUAUUUUCAGACUCUGAAACAAGCAAUAAUGAUAUAAACGGAGCAACAAAUGAGUGUAAAACACCAGUAAAACCGAGAGAUGGUUUGCACAGAAUUCAGAUAAGCUAUACAGAAACAACAGAUGAUACUAAGAAAUCUGAAGAUGAAUUCAUAGAUUUCUCUGAUGAUCAGGAUAAUAUGGAUGAAUGCAGUGAUGAUGCAAGCCUUACAGAUGAAAAUUAUACGUCAGAGGCUGGAAAAUGGCAUCUGAAACAAUUCUUUUGCAAGCAGCCAUGUAUUCUUCUAAUGGAUUCUCUGAGAGGUCCUUCUCGUUCCACAGUGGUCAAAACACUACGAGAGUAUCUUGAGGUGGAAUGGGAAGUCCGAAAAGGAAGUAAAAGAAGUUUUUCCAAAGAUGUCAUGAAAGGUUCUAGUACCAGAGUGCCUCAACAAAACAACUUCAGUGAUUGUGGUGUUUAUAUUUUGCAGUAUGUGGAAAGCUUUUUUGAGAACCCUAUUCAGAGUUUUGACCUGCCUAUGAAUUUAAUGGAUUGGUUCCCUCAACAAAGAAUGAAAACAAAGCGGGAAGAAAUCCGCAACCUUAUCCUUACUCUGCAGGGACUCCAAAGCAAAGAGAAGAAAGGGAACAAGGAGCCUAGCACAAUGCAGCAUGCUGCACAGGAGAAACCAGAGCCGUGUAUCAGCAGUGGCUCAGACUGAGGCUUCGGGUUGUCAAAUACACCUUAGUGAUGAGGAAACUAAAUGGACUGCCUUGUGCAGAUUGAGGUGCCUACUCUAAUGCACUGCUUACAAAUCCUGUGAGUGUGAAUUUAAAAACAAUCGCUUCCCAGUGCAUUAAGAUGUAUGAAGUGAAACAGGUCUGUACAUAUAGUAAUGAGGCCAUUUUUUCCAGUAUUUAUAAUUCUUUAUUUCUCCUUCACCCCCCUAUUGUUAGCAACAAUUUAUGUAUUUUCCCAAUACUUAACGAACGGCUUCAAGAACUAUAAAUAAAAUAAAAAGAAACUAUUUAUAGGAUCACA